CAUGGCCACGACCGGCAGCUCUGGCCGCUGCCGCUGCCGCUGCCCCCGGCCUCUGCCGCUGCUUCUGUCGCUCCUGCUGGCACUCGCCGACCUCUGCGGCGCGCUGGCCGCCAGAGCCAACUCCACCGCCCAGGUGGUAUCAGGGACCAGCAGUGGGAAGCCCACCAAGUAUCACUAUUACCCACAUAACCAACACGUCUACUUGUUGCCAGAGUGUGCCACACAACAGGUAUGCAAUGCUGUGUUUGUACGCCUGAAGAUGACACAGCCAUUAUGCGCAUGUCCUACAGAACCUUGCUCAGCCAGCCUUGAAGAAGAUGACCAGCACACAACACCACUUAUAAGUGUUGACGAAAAUGGACAGCGUAAAGCACUCACACUAGCAAAGACAUGUGAACCAGUUCGUCAGAUUCGUCUCUGCCGGCCACCUAGAGACUGGGCAUUGCUAGCAUUGCAGAAUGUGAGGACAGGAAAAUCACAUUAUUUAGUGGUCUGUCGCUGCCCUGAUCCAGCCAAGCUUGAGGGUCCUGUACCACAUGAACAGCCCACAUAUGCCAGUGUCCCUGGAAUAAGAGUAUAUGGGAUGACUUGUGCACAGGAGGUCGGGCGCCGUGGUAGGCCAAUGCGUUUUAGAAGAUCUACAGGAUUUGUACGGCACAUCACACCUUUCCCUUGGCAUGAAGUCGAAAGAUUAAUGGAAAGGAUGACAUGGAAAAACUGAGAGACAUCUUUGGUCAGUUUUUAUUCUGUGCUGAACUCAACACCUGCCCUGGUGGUUACAAUGUAAUAACCAUACAGGACACCACAAUCACCUUCACAAUCAACAUGCUGUGUAAUACGUGCAGGAAAGUGAUGGACUCCUAAUGUUCAACUGGAGCUAGUGUUAAUGUCCAGAAGAUAAUUAUAGUAACACCAUUUGUUACGGAUGUUCUGUCAAUAUGAAAAUUUCCACAAGGUUCCUCAUUCACAGUGUAAGAUAUUUAGAGAUUAACCAAAUAGUCCAGCAGAGAAGUACAGUGAAACUGAUGUAAUAGUACAUCAGUACACAAAUGUCAGUGGAAAUUCCUAGGAGUUUUACAGUUAUUAAUAGUUAUAACUAGUACUGAUCACCUUAUUUCUUUCAGAAUAAUUAGUACAGAGUUUUCUAAAUAUGUGUUAUUAUCACAACAACAAAUGAGUGUAGAGACUUUCACAUCUUUGAUGAACUGAAAUAUUAAACUUAUAAUUGCUAGAUAUUACAAUGAAUAAACUAAAGCCUGUUUUGCUUGUUAGUAACUACAUUAUUGGUCACACACAUAUCAUGUAAUAUACCUAAUAUAUGCAUAGCCAAUGUUGUGGUAAAUUUGUAAGAAAAACUGUAAUACUGAUAACUGGUUUGUUGCUAAA